AUGAGCUGCAGUGUGCAGGUGGGCGUUCGGGUGCGCCCGUUCAACGCCCGCGAACAGAAUUUGAACGCGCUCUGUUGUGUGAGCAUGAACGGCCGGCAGACUGUGAUUACGGAUUUGUCGAAGAAAACCGAUAACGAGAGGAAGUUUACGUUUGAUUACUCGUAUUGGUCGCACGACGGCUUCGUGGAAAAGCCUUCGGGGUACCUGGCUCCUGCCGCGGGCAGUCGCUAUGCAGACCAAAGUCGCGUUUUCCGCGACAUAGGCCAAGGCGUGCUUGACAGUGCGUGGGAGGGAUACCACGCCUGCCUGUUCGCCUACGGGCAGACUGGGAGUGGCAAGAGCUACUCGAUGGUCGGAUACGGCGACAACAAAGGCAUUAUUCCCAUUGCUUGCGAAGAAAUCUUCAAACGAAUCGCACAAAACACCGACCCCACCAAAUCCUUCGAGGUCUCCUGCAGCAUGCUUGAAGUGUACAACGAGCACGUGCAGGAUCUCCUCGUGAAACCCAACAUGCGACCCAAAGCAGGACUCGAGAUCAGAGAAUCGAAAGUAUUGGGAAUCUACGUUGAGGGGCUGUCGAAGCGAGCCGUCAAUUCGUACGCUGGCAUCACCAAAGUCAUCGACGAAGGAACCGCCAACCGAUCAAUUGGGGCGACGCUGAUGAACGCGACAAGCAGCCGGGCACACACAGUAGUGGGAAUAGAGCUGCAGCAGAUUACGACGAUGAACGGGAAGCAGGGUCGGCGGAGUUCGGUGAUUCAUUUGGUGGACUUGGCGGGUUCUGAGAAGAACGACCAGACGCACGCGACGGGCGACCGCCUGAAGGAGGGCUGCGCUAUCAACAAGUCGCUCUCAGCGCUGGGCAACGUGAUCUCGGCGCUCGCCGACAACGCCGAAGGCCGCGGCAAGAGUCGCGUGGUGCCCUACCGCGACUCGAAACUCACGCGCCUCCUCCAGAACGCGCUGGGUGGUUCAUGUAAGACCGUUAUGCUCUGCGCGCUCUCGCCGGCUUCGAGCAACUACGAAGAGACGCUCAGCACGCUCCGAUACGCCGACCGCGUCAAACAAGUGAAGAAUUUCGCCGUCGUCAACGAAGACCCGAUGCUACGCCUCAUUCGCGAACUGCGCGAGGAAAACGAAAAACUCAAGGCGCUCCUCGAAGGAAAAAAUGGAGCCGACCGAGGUCUGUCUGACGGCGAGAGGCAGGCCCUGGAGGCGAAACACCAGGAGGAAAUCAAGGCGAUGGAGAACGCGCUCCACGACAUGGAAAAGUCCUUCCAAGAGAAACUCGAGGAGUCUCAGAAGCAAGCGGCAGCGCAGUCAAGCCAAGGCGCGGUUGAUCAGGCUGCGCCGCAUUUGACGGUUCUGAACGAGGACGUGCUGCUCAGCGGCCAGCUGAAUUUUGCGCUGCGGAAGGCCCCGGAGGUGCUUUGGAUUGGCAAGCAGAAAGGCGAGUGGAAGCCCGACGUGUGUCUUUCAGGGUUGGGCAUCUUUCCGCGCCACUGCAGCGUGGCGCUCGCGGCCUCGGGGCAGACGGCCACGCUGGAGGUGGCUGAGGGCGCCGACUUCACUUUCGUGAACGGCGAGAAGGUCUCGCAGAAGACGCGAACGCUCAAGGCGGGCGACCGCCUGGUCCUGGGUCAGGCCUACGCUUUCCUCGUCAUCUUUCCGCACCAGCACGCGCGGCAAGAGCUGCUCACGCAGCACAGCUACGAGAGCGUGCUCGAGGAAGUCUGUGUGACCCAGGGCGAGGUGGUGCGGCGCGCCGCGCCCAGCGAAGCCGAGCUGAAGGAGGAGAAGGCGAAGGCCGAGGCCUACCGCCGGCAGGUCGAGGCGAUGCAGCAGGCGCAGCGAGACUUUGAGGAGAAGAUGCGCCGAGCCGCGCAGCAGGCCAGCGACGAGGAGCGGAGGAAGCUUGAGGAGGAAUUCCGGAAGAAACAGGAAGCUCUCGAGCGCGAAAAAAAAGAACUCCAGCGCACGGAGCUCCGCCGGCACGCGGCGGAAACCGACCGGAGACUGGUCGAGGAGAAACUGGUCGCCAUCCUUCCGCUGGUAAAGGAAGCUAACAUGAUCGCGACAGAACUCAAACACCCCUGCCGGCUCGCGCCCUCGUACGAUAUCUCCUUCUCCUCGACUGGAGAAAGAAAAACGAAAGUGAUCGUCGUCGUCAAACGCGACGGACAAACCGUCUACGAAUGGACGCCAGCGACACUCGAAAACCGACUCUUCCUCAUGCGAGAGCUCCUCGACGCGUACACCGAGGACAAAGACAACGCGGGAUUCCUAGAACGUCUGACGCGUGAACAAGAUCCUUUCUGGGACCCGAUUGAAAAGGAAAAGUGCAUCGGAAAGGCCGUGCUGUUCCUUCAGUCGCUGACAGCGCAGCUGGAGUCCGAGUCCAACGCGAAAAUUUUCGACAGAGAGGGGAGAGAAGCUGGCCGGCUCAAAGUUGCCGUGUUCCCUGUCACGAAGGAGGGCCGCGAACUUCCGGAUGAAGAAAUCAAGGAGACGCCUGAGGAGCUCCUCGGCACAACCAUGUACUACGAAGUGCGGAUUCUCAGCGCGUCUGGCCUGCCGAAGGCUCUCGCCAACAACACGUUUGUGCGUUUCAUGCCAUAUUCCUCUACGCGGUACGUUGAGACGCCGCGUGCGAACGGCGCGACGCAGAACCCCGUUUUCAACUUUAGAAAGAUCCUCGAGCAACCUAAGGUCACCCCGGCCUUCAUGGAGUACCUCGAGAACGAAGUGCUCACUUUCGAGAUCUUCGGCGAGGACUCAAGAGCCACGAAGGAGAACCUCAGCGCCCGCGCCCCUCCGGCGUGA